GCUGCACAGAACGGCAUGAGCGUAGCAGCCUCAAGAGAACAAGACUCAUUAAGAAGAGAAAUCUGCUUGAAAGAUAACCACAAGCUGUACAAACAGAAGCUUGAGGAACUGAUCGGGCUUCAGGAUGGGAUCUCCAGUUCCAUUGCACGGCAAAAGAAGCAGCUGAAGGAGCUUUCUCUUGCCCUCAAAAAAUGCAAGCCCUCUAUAUCUGCAGAGGAGGAGGAGUCCAUCCAAGAGAUCCAGAACUUGAUCAAGGAGAGGCAAAAUGUUUUCUUUGAAAUGGAAGCGUAUUUGCCAAAGAAGAAUGGGUUAUACCUGAGUCUGGUGCUUGGAAAUGUGAAUGUCACACUGCUCAGCAAGCAGGCUAAGUUUGCUUAUAAAGAUGAGUAUGAGAAGUUCAAGCUCUACCUCACCAUCAUCCUGCUCAUCGUGUCCUUCUCCUGCAGGUUCCUCCUCAACUCCAGGGUGACGGACGCUGUCUUUAACUUCCUGCUGGUCUGGUACUACUGCACCCUCACAAUCCGAGAGAGCAUCUUAAUCAACAAUGGAUCCAAGAUUAAAGGCUGGUGGGUUUUGCAUCAUUACAUCUCCACCUUUCUCUCAGGUGUCAUGCUGACUUGGCCAGAUGGGUUGAUGUACCAGAAGUUCCGAAACCAAUUCCUCUCCUUCUCCAUGUAUCAGAGCUUUGUGCAGUUCCUUCAGUACUACUAUCAGAGUGGCUGCCUGUAUCGGCUCCGAGCACUCGGGGAGAGACAUAACAUGGAUCUCACUGUGGAGGGCUUCCAGUCCUGGAUGUGGAGGGGUCUCACUUUCUUGCUUCCAUUCCUUUUCUUUGGGCAUUUUUGGCAGCUUUACAAUGCAAUCACCCUCUUCCGCCUGGCCAGAUACCCAGAAUGCAAGGAAUGGCAGGUUCUCAUGUGUGGGCUCCCUUUCCUGAUCCUCUUCCUAGGGAAUUUCUCCACCACCCUGAGAGUUGUCCACCAGAAAUUCCAGAAUCAGAAUAAAGAGCCUAAGAGGAAGUAGGAGAUUCAGACACCGAGCCACACUCUCACCAUUCUGCUGCCUCCUUGCCACAUUCUAGUUGUUGCCAUCCAGACUCACCUCUUGCCCCACUCCUCAGAGGCUUGCAGCUCAGUGUUGAGCAGCUGGGCCUCUGAACCAAACCUCAGAUGAAUGUAGAGUUAUGAAAACCAAACCGCUGAAGUUUUAAUGGACUGAACUGUGGUGCAGCGCUCACUCCCCUUCCAGUCAAAGAUGUGGCUCCCUUGUCCAGAGCCAGCAUUGCUUGCUGAGACACUAAACUGGGAGCUGGAGGAUCAGACACCUUGUUCAUUGUCCCACAUUUCCCCCUGUUGACAGUUAGUGCAUCUCCAUCCUCUGCUGCUUCAGAAAUGCAGUGUGGAAUGGAGGGCCCUUAAUCCAGCCCAUCAGGCUCACCUCUGCUGGCUGAGAUGUUGAUAUGACCACUCUGCAGGGUGCUCAAACCAAGCUCCUUCCCAUAGUUACCCAGAUAACUCCAGCCUUUGCCUCUUUUCAAGUAGCCACAGAACUGAACUCCUCAGCAGAAGUUGGGGGAUGCCUCUUUUUGGCCAUCUCUUACAGUGCAGUAUUCUCACUCCUGGCUUCUGCCCUGAACACUUUAAAGAGCUGUUGAGCUCAUCUGGGGGGCCACCUCCAGCCUUGAACCUGCCUGUAGUAUCCCAUUCCAACUCCAUGGUGUCUACCCUAGUAGAAAAGCCUACAGAGACACCUUAAGAAAACACCCCAGCUCUGCCUUGAGUAACUUUCUCCUUUCCUUGGCAUGAGGCAGCUUGCAUGGAACCAGGGUCCCUGUCAAUCUGCUGCUGAGCUCCCCAGUUGAGACAUUCUUCCGUCCAUGGGAGAUCGAGUGAUGGAGGAAGCUAGAGCUGCUUUGUGGAUGGAGCAGGAGCCCACAGAGCAUAGGUGCAUUUUUGGCAACAUCUCAGUUUGGCAGUGGGAGACCAUUGCUAGGGGAGCAUUAAAGCUUUUCCUCCAGUGGUGUCAGCUGGCCUUCAUCCUCUGUAGAAGAAAGGCCACUGCUAAACCAUUCUGGCAGCAUCAAGAAGCCUUAAGAGUUCUGGAUCCCAGGAUGAUACAGGAAGUGGUGCAUUCCCUGCCAUCCCAUAAGUCCAGAGGGCAACAGGAGCAGAGAGGAAGGAGUUGAUGCCAAAACCAUAAAGGGAUAAAAUGUGUGCGUGUUUGUGUUGUGUAGAUGGUUCUAGAUAAUAGCUGGAUUUUGUUAUGAGCUUGGCUGCCAUAUUAGUCAUGGCAGAGGAUGGACAAAGCUCCAGUCCCUUGGGGCUGGACUCCCAAACCUACAUUGGAGCCACUGUCCUCUCAUCCGCAUCCUAUUGAAAUGAAGUCCUUUUAGAUUUUUGUGAAGAUGUGUCCUGGAGUGUAUUUGUCAAUACCUGUAUUAGAAACAUGUCUCCUUUUUAUAGGAAGUUAUCCAAAAUAAAGGAAGGGGAAGAUGCCUUCAAAUGACAACUCU